AUGAAAUCGAGCAACGUAUUCAAUCACAAGUUUGUGCUGACAAGCUGCAACCUUAUAUUCAUGCUCUGCGGUGUAACGUUAUUGUCAACAGGAUUCUGUCUAUUCACUGAUGCACCGAGAAUUCUUCUUUCACGUCUUCUGAUAUCAUCCUCCGAUCAGCAUAGGACUCCUUUAUCUGAGUUAGAACAGCCCUUGUUUUAUUAUGUAGCAUUUGGUCUUACCUCGGCUGGACUAGUAGCUAUUAUUGCAUCUCUACUUGGAUGUUGGGCAACGUGCAUGAACACGUAUUGUGUUUUGACUAUGUAUUUUCUCAUAAUUUUAUCACUUCUGGUAGUAGAGUUUGGAGUAUGCUUGAUGAUUACAGCGUGGCCUCAGUGUUUAGGACUAAACCUUAACGAAACCGCAAUGGUGAAGGCACUUCAAGCGAGCUACGGUGUUCCAGGUCACGAACAAUUUACUUCAGCAAUGGAUUUGGCUCAAACGAUCUUUGAAUGCUGUGCCAUCAAUACAAGUAUCAAUUAUGAUACAUCUCUAUGGAAGUUGCAAAGCUUUGGUAAUAAAGAGCUCACCGUUCCAAUCACAUGCUGCAAGCUAGAAAAUCGUUUCGAAUUUACUGCUUACUUAGACCCUAUCGCUAUAAAUAUAACUCUUUGUCAAGCGCUACAAACACAGGAUUAUGAAAAAAGCCGUCACCUAGAUGGUUGUCUUCAUAAGAUUGAGCUAUGGUAUCGUGAACAAUACUUUCUGUUUCUCUGUGCUGGUUUAAUUGUAGCAGUAGUGGAGUUUUGCGUUCUUCUCAGCAUCAUAUUGAGUUGUACGAAAUUGCCACGUGAAAAUCGCAAAGCACAAUUACGGGCGAAUCCAUUACCUUCGAUGCCAAUUCCUGUAAUUCCGACUAACCGCAGAGUUCGAGAUAAUAUCUACGAGCAGGAAUUUUCACCGUCAUUUCCUAUUCCUACGAUCCGAGACACGUACAUCCAGCCAAAGGAACAUGCUAAACAACGGCAAGAUAUGGCAUUUAAUAAUAAUUCUCAUUAUUAUCAAAUCUCUAAAAGCUACUUAGUUUAG